AUGAAGGGUCUCAUCACAGCCUCUUCGGCAGCCUUGUCCUUGGCAGGCGGUGCCAUUGCCAGCCCAGUGGCCCCUCGUUCAGACAUCCUUUUCUUCAAACCCAUUGAGGUUAACUCAGACUCAGUACACAAUGUCCACGUUGACUUCAAUGAUGACGAUUUCGAGGGUGAAGUUCGUCUGGUCUACGGUGAAUGCGGAAUGAAGAGCCACGGACAGAGACAUCACGAUGUUGCCUCGCAUUACAUCAAGCGAUCGGCCCGCCCAGAACGCUUUGUGUGGAUUGUACCAGAGAAUGCUAUCCAUAGAGGUUGUCUCCAUGCGUAUUCGGGAUCCAGACUCAUCGGACGCUCAGCCCCGAUCUCCGUCAAGCAUCAGCCAAGGAAGAGGGAGGAUAUUUCCGAGGUCGCUGACACCAUGGGACCUUGGUUCGAUGGUGUAGCCUACAUGAAGAGCAAGCAGAACAAUGCUUCCUAUGUUGCGAUGGAGAAGAGCAAGCGAAUUGCCAUUGUCGGUGGAGGCAUGUCGGGAUUGCUCACAAGUCAUCUACUCGAGUCGGUCGGCAUCCACGAUUGGCACAUUAUCGAAUCUUCCGAACGUAUUGGAGGUCGUAUUCGAACUAAGUAUUUGGCCGGAAGCAAACCUGACGAAUACCAGUACCAGGAGAUGGGUCCCAUGCGCUUCCCAGUAUCAACUCGCUAUCCAGAAACAAACGAGACGCUGGAUAUUCAGGAUCACAAGAUGGUUUUCCAACUUGGAGAUGUUCUGACCCAAAUGAACGGUGGUCCUACUAGCGAGCUUGCUGUCAACUUCAUUCCGUGGAUACAAUCGAGCCCGAACGUGCCGGGUGACUCGAAUGGUUACCGCCUUCCCAAUGGACGCGUCCCCAGCGCUGCAAUGCUCAGGAGUAAUGCCACUGCAUACAGUCUUCCAAAGCCCGAGGGUCCAGAUGAGGAGGCUGUUGAGCACGCUACCGAAGAGUUGGAAAAAUUUGUGGCCACUACGCCAGAUGUCGUACGUGAGAUGCACACAAAUGUUUACAAGGCCCACAAGCACGCCGUUGAGAAGGGCUUGUUUCAUUGGUCAGAAGCCGCGUAUGUCAAAUAUGCGCUUAACCAGAGUGCUGAUGUAGUUGACUACAUUACCGGUGGUUCAAAUGGUCCCAUCUGGGAAUAUGAUACCGCAUAUUUUGGUGCAACAACGUGGCGGACCAUCGAUAAGGGUCUAGAGUCGCUUCCUCGCGCUUUUUACCCACACGUCAAGGACCGUUUGACCCUCGGCCGCAAAGUCACCGGACUGAAGUACGAUGAAGAAACGGACAAGAUUUCUGUUGAGUGGCGCAAGGACCCCUUUGCAAUGAAGCCAGAGAGCGAAGAGUAUGACUACGCUGUCGUAGCUGUUCCUUUCUCAAAGGUCAGGAUCUGGGAUCUUCCCCAAUACUCAUCCCUCUUGUCUCGUGCCAUCAACGAGAUGAACUACCAGCAGUCGUGCAAGGUUUCUCUGCACUACAAGACACGCUUCUGGGAGAAGCUUUCGCCCCCGAUUAUUGGAGGAUGUGGUUCGGUUGAUAUUUCAGGCAUUGGCAGUGUCUGCUACCCUUCUUAUCAGAUCAACUCGACCGGUCCUGGUGUCAUCUUGGGCUCAUACAUCUCUGGUACUCUGGCCCGCUCCGUAGGUGCCCUUAGUGAAGAGGACCACGUUGCUAUGGUCCAACGCGCCAUGGUCGAAAUACAUGGUGAGGUAGCUAAUGAACAAUGGACUGGCGCGUACGACCGCCAGUGCUGGGAAACCGACGAACACCAGGCCGGUGCCUGGGCUUCUCCUACUAUUGGCCAACAAGAUCUCUUCCUGCCUGCCUACUACAAGACCGAAUUGAAGUCCAUUUUCGUUGGCGAGCACACAAGCUAUACCCAUGCUUGGAUCUUUUCGGCUCUCGACUCGGCUGUGCGUGGAACUGCUCAGCUGCUGUUGGAUAUGGGUCUUGUAGAUGAGGCGAAGCAAAUCGUUGACACGUGGAUGGGACGGUGGAUCUCCAUCUAA